UUCCCUCUUUAUAGCUUGAUAUAAUUUUCACAUAUAUAGUUUCAAAUAUUAGAUGGCCAAUAAUGGCCUAAAGCUUACCAUAUUCUUUGUAUUCAUUAUAAUCUAUGAGUAUUGGUCAAGCCAUAUAAACACACAUAUAGCUAACUUAACAUAUACUUCUAAUGGUUCAAACCGUCUUAUCAAAGAUGUAUUCAUUUUAGCUGGUCAAAGCAACAUGGCUGGACGAGGUGGGGUGAUCAAUGGAACCUGGGACGGAUUAAUCGUCCCAGAAAUGAAACCGAAACCCGGAAAGAUCCUACGGUUAGGCGGUAAUCUAAGAUGGGAAGAUGCAAAGGAACCACUUCAUUUUGAUAUUGACGUGAACAAGACGUGUGGUGUUGGGCCAGGGAUGGCGUUUGCGAAUGCAUUGGUGAGAAGUGAUCCACAUCAUUCUCGGGUUGUUGGGUUGGUGCCCUGUGCUAUUGGAGGUAGUGGUAUUGGUGAGUGGUCCCGUGGUGGUAGGCUUUAUAAAAAGUUGGUAAAGAGGGCGGCUGUAGCGGUGCAAGGCGGGGGAGUGAUUCGGGCCGUUUUGUGGUUCCAAGGGGAGAGGGACACAGUUAAUUUAACUGAUGCGCAAUCGUAUAAGGAGAAUUUGCGUAAUUUGUUUAUUGACUUGAGAACAGAUUUGAAGUCUCCUUUGCUACCUGUUAUCCAGGUUGCUCUGGCCUCUGGUGAAGGACCUUUUGAAGAAACGGUAAGAGAAGCUCAACUUGGAAUGCGGCUUCCAAAUGUAGUGACAGUAGACGCAAAGGGACUCCAACUGCAACCAGAUGGGCUUCACCUCAGCACCCAUGCCCAAGUUCAGGUUGGAGAGAUGUUGGCUCAUGCAAUUUUACAAUCUAAUUGUUCUCGUUAGUUUAUCGUAUACAGUCGUCGUGAAUAUCAUUAUUUUGUUAUACACAUUUAUAUGUGCAUAGUUCUUCUUUUCAUUAUUGGAAAAAUAUAUACCCCAUUCACGUGGUUUAGAGAGAAUAAACAAAUAUCUAUUUUCGAAUGCAUGUAUAAGAAUAGAAUUUCAUGCA